UGAAGACAGGAAGGAGAAAAAGAAAGGAGAAGAGAAUAACAGGAGGAUGGAAAUGUAAAGUCUGUCUAAAAAAGGUGUCUUGGCCAGCUGCUGAAAACAAAGGAUGAAUAGACAGAACAGACGUACCUUUCUCUGAGAGACCUAAAUCAUAAAGGAUUAAAAAGAAACGGCAGUAGUGCUUGAGACGUGGAAUGAGUAAGAAACAGGAGAAAUCUUAAUCACCCCAGGAAACUAAUCUCUCAAAGUACACAAAGGAGGAGGAGAAAGUACAGACGGAGAAGAUUAGACAAAUGAAUGAUUGUGUAAUGGCAUAAUUGUUCAGGACCUUCUUCACAGUGACACAAGCAUGAGUGAGAAGUGACACCUCACGGUACAUUCUCCUGAACGUUCUUCAUAACAAAGAACUUUGAGGAUCCAUCAGUCAUGAGCUGAUGGUUAAGUGACUCGAGUAGAAGAGUCUCAGUCUGUGGACAUUAAUGCCAUUGCUUCUGAGAUCCAUCAGCACUUUGGCAACACUUAUGGAUGGUGUGCUGAUGUGCAGCAUCCAGCUGGAAACAAACUGAAGCCCGUUGCCAUCUCAGCACAUCUGUCUCUUCUCUUGUCCUCCCUCUCUUAAUCCACAGCUCUUGUUCCACAGCUUUUCUGACCUUUGCUAUUCAGCUUGUUUACUUCUUCAGCUCCUCUGUUUAUUCCUCUGCUGUUUACACCACUCCUCCUCUUGAUAUUAAACCUCCUUCAAUCUGGUCCUGAGAGCCCUCUAAAUCCGCCUGUGCAUGACCUGCACAAACAAGCUCCGCCCACAUCACUCAGUGCAUCUCACACCACUGUGUCUUCCUAUCUAGUUUCCUUUGCUUUGCUCUCUUUCCUCUGAAACCCUGUAGAAGACUGUACAAUGUUUCUUCUCAGGACUGACCACAUCCCUUCUGCUCUUUAUACCCACCAGUAGAAAAACAUCUGGCCUUUGUUUUCUGUCUCCCUUUUCCUGUCUCAUUCCAUCAUGUUGGAGCACAUGUCCAGGCGUAAUCGUUCCCUGCUGUCCCUCUCUCUAACCUCUCUGGCCCUAACUCUCUCCGUGCUGGCCUUCUGCACCUCUUACUGGUGUGAAGGAACCCACAAAGUGGUGAAACCUCUCUGCCUCUCUCCUGUAAAAAUGAAGAACUGUGGCCAGAACAACAGCCAGCCCUACACUACUGAGAGUCCCACACCAGACCCCAAAAAGUCUGAAUCCAAUGUGACAUUGUCCCCAAAGCAGAAGGAGGAACAAGCCCUUAUAAGAGCAAAGAAACUGGCCAAUGCAGUCCACUACAUCUGGGAGACAGGAGAGGACAAAUACAUGCUUCGAUACUUUCACACUGGUUUCUGGUUGUCGUGUGAGAAACACAAUGAGAGUGAAGGAGAAAAAUGCCGAAGUUUCAUCGAAUUGACUCCUGGAGAAACGCAAGGGGUUCUUUGGCUAUCUGUGGUCUCAGAGUUCAUGUACAUCACUCUGCUGGCCAUGGGAUUCCUCAUGAUGUUGGUGGAGAUGCUGUUAUUGUGCUUAAAUAAGGAGAUGUACUCACUCAAGAUCAAUGCCUUUGCUGCCAUUUGCACCGUUCUGUCUGGAAUGAUGGGAAUGGUGGCUCAUAUGAUGUACACUACAGUGUUUCAACUGACUGUCAGCAUAGGCCCUAAAGACUGGAGACCACAGACCUGGGACUAUGGCUGGUCUUUUGCCAUGGCCUGGAUUUCUUUCAGCUGCUGCAUGGCAGCUGCUGUCUUCACCCUCAACUCGUACACGAAGACGUUGAUCGAGAUGAAGCACCGCACCCGCAUUCGCCUGGAAGAGGCCCGCGCUGCCACCCAUGCACCCCCUUAUGAUGAAGUCAUCACAGCCCGUCCUGGCAGCAGUGUUUACUCUGUAAACCGACUCCUUCAGCAGUGCCAGAAGGGCACACUGAUUGAUGCCGCAUGGCCCUCCAGGGAAGAGGGGCAAGCUGGGGUUAUGGUAGAGGGAAUGAACCCCCAUGGACUGGUGCUGGUGGGAGGCUGCGGAACACAGGGCUGUGAGGACUGCGAGAGAGAGAUGGACGAGAUAGAGGAUGCUCUGGAGAGAGAUGAGAAGGAGGGAGUUGAUGAAAUAUGCUGAGAGAACAGGAGAAAACAGUGAGCUGAAAGACUGUGAGGGAAAGACUAAAUAUGAAGCAGUGGUUGGAGAGAAUGGAAUCCAUUAAGCAGUACCCACCAACCCUCCUCCUGGAGAACUACUUUCCUGCACAGUCUAGUACAGGUGUCGGCAACCCAAACGUUAAGAAGAGUCAUUUUGUCCUUUCAACAAAAAUCAAACCACCUUGGCAGCCACAACAUUUUACAUCCAUUUUACC